GUUUGUUUCAUAUGUUCAACGAUUUAAACUUCCACUUCAACUCCCGUUUCUUCCCUCACAUACCAUAAUCAACUUUCUUAAACUGCCGACUCAACUCGCUCUUCAUUAAUGUCCAAAAUGACGAUGCUGACCAUAUCCAGUUUACAGCGCAUCACGGCGUCUAAGCUAGCAGAGAUGCUGCUCGCCAGCGCUCACCAGCCAUCUUCUGACGCACCGGUAGCUAUCGUAGACGUGCGAGACGACGAUCACAUAGGUGGCCACAUCAAGUCGUCGCUACACUUUCCUAGCGUAAGCCUUGACGCCACCAUGCCCACGCUACUGCGCAAACUUGCCGACAAGGAAGUCGUCGUUUUCCACUGCGCCCUGAGCCAACAGCGCGGGCCUAGCGCGGCGCUCAGAUACCUCAGGGAAAAAGAGGCUGCCGCCGCUUCCGCGAAAAAACAAGCGGAGAAGGAGGCCGAAGGUGAGGGCAAGGCGACCAAACAACAACAGGUCUACGUCUUAGAUAAGGGCUUCGUCGGCUGGCAAGAGAUAUACGGGCCUGACGAAAGACUUACGGAAGGGUACAGGAAGGAGCUGUGGGAAUCCGGGUAUUAGAUCGGGACCGACUUCGACAAGGAUAUUAUCGCUGCCUCACUCGAGGGGAAUCGUGUGCACGUAGGGUGGAUGCGAUGGAAUACAUCUAGCAGACUGAUCCUUCGCUACGCGGGGACUAUUGGUGUAAAACCAUGAAGCUCAUUAGAUGGAAUGGUUACAUAGAAUUUUGACGUUAACUGUAGGGCUGUUCUUGGCUUGACAAAAUAUAGAGCUUUCAAGACUUAGACUUCGAUAAGCCCACUAGGCCUGCAUAAAUAUAAAUUCUAGCUAGAUUCUACUUCUGUUUGAUAAGAUGAGGUACAUAGAUUAUCGAUAUUGAUCUCAAACUGGA